AGCUGCCUGCGACCGUCCUGAGCUAAAUCGAGGUUCGUGUUUAUUUAUUUAUUUAUUUUAGAGCUGUGGUUGGAGGCGAUCGGACGCGUCUGAGCAUCGGUUUGUGUUUAUGCGCGGUUUAUUCAUGGCCACAGACGACAGACAUCAUGUCUCAGAAAAACGAGGUCUACACGUAUGACUUCUGUGAUGAAGCGCAUCCAGCUGAGCUCCUCGACGCGCUCAGGCGCUUCUACCUCCGCGGCCUGUUUACAGACGUGACCCUGCGGUGCGCAGACUCCGGACAGGUGUUCCACUGCCACAGGGCGCUGCUGGCAGCCCGCAGCUCCUACUUCAAAGUCAUGUUCACGGCCGACAUGAGGGAGAGGUCCGACAGCGUGGUCACGCUGAGCGGGGUGGACGGCGGCGUCCUGGGCGCGCUGCUGGACUACGUGUACAGCGCGCAGGUGCGCGUCACCGAGAGCAACGUGCAGAGCCUGCUGGAGGCGGCGGACCUGCUGCAGUUCGCCGCCGUCAAGCGCGCGUGCGAGGAGUUUCUCGUCCGCCACCUGGACGUGGACAACUGCCUGGGCAUGCGCGCCUUUGCCGAGCUCCACCUGUGCGCGCGGCUGGAGAGGGAGGCGCGCAGGGUGAUGCUGAGCAGGUUCCCGGAGCUCAUCGAGCAGGAGGAGUUCCUGGAGGUGGGCCGCGAGGAGGUGAGGUCGGUCCUCGCUGCUCAGAGCCUCACCGUGCAGAGAGAUGACGUGCUGGUGGAGGCUGUAGUCAGAUGGGUGACCCAUGACUUGGAUAAUCGAGUUCAGCACGUGUCAGACCUGCUGCACUCCUCCCACCUGGGUAUGGAUGAGCUUUACUUCAGAGCCUCUUUAGAGGUGCACAAACCUUACCUGGUGAAACACGGGCAACUAAAAUCUAUGAUUGUUAAGGCUUUGGGGUCUAAUGGCAAAGAGAUGCCUCCAAGCAGAAAAAUGUCCCCCAGCAUGUACAUCAUUGGAGGAUACUACUGGCACCCUCUGUGUGAGGUCCACAUCUGGGAUCCUGUCAGCAACACCUGGGUGCAGGGCAAGGACAUGCCUGACCCUGGAAGAGAGAGCUACAGUGUCAGCUUACUGGGAGCCGACAUCUACGUGACGGGUGGCUACAGGACCAACACUGUGGAGGCCCUGGACACGGUUUCAGUUUAUAACUGUGACUAUGAUGAAUGGACCGAGGCCUCCCCCAUGAUCACAGCCAGGUACUAUCACUGCUCCGUGGCAUUGCAUGGCUGCAUUUACGCCAUCGGGGGCUACAGAGGUGGAGCUCCGGAACAAGAGACUGAGUUUUAUGACCCAUUGAAAAAGAAAUGGUUUCCUGCGGCCAAAACGAUCCAAGGUGUGGGAAAUGCCACUGCAUGUGUAAUGGGAGAUAAUAUCUAUGUAAGCGGAGGACAUUAUGGGUACAGAGGAAGCUGCACUUAUGAGAAAAUCCAAGUGUACAGGUCAGAYGUCAACGAGUGGAGCAUCAUUACAGAAAGUCCCCAUCCAGAGUACGGGCUUUGCUCUGUGGCUUUAAACAACAAACUGUACCUGGUUGGUGGACAGACGACWGUGGCAGACUGCUACGACCCGGAGGGAGACGAGUGGAGGCCUGUAUCCRUGAUGAAAGAGAGGAGGAUGGAGUGUGGUGCUGUGGUUAUAAAYGGCUGUAUUUAUGUGACAGGGGGAUACUCCUAUUCGAAAGGGACUUAUCUGCAAAGCAUUGAAAAAUACGACCCGGAGCUGGACUCCUGGGAGAUAGUGGGGACUCUGCCCAGCCCGGUCAGGUCACACGGGUGUGUUUGUGUUCGUGUCGUCUAGUGGCAAACAUUUAUCACAAAGCAUUUUGUUUGUUAUCAGUUUUUACCAGAUCAAAUACUCACAGUAUUCACUGAACUGUGCCAACAGUUGUGCAGGUUUACAUGAAUCUGCACCAGGAUUUUUUUUUUUUGAAAGAUUUUCGCCAAAGCGCUGAAGUUGGUUCAAGAYAUAUUUAGCUAACAGACAGUGGUAACUCCAACAGAAUGCCAAAGUAAAAAAAAAAGAAGUAAAUAAAUAAUUGCGCAGUG